AUGAGUGUAACGCGAGCAGCCUUAACAACAAGUCGAGCCCGACUGACUCAUCUAUUCCCAUGGAUCACGUCGCCCUUCAUCGUCGGCGCGCCAAUGCGCGUUAUGUCAGGUCCAGACCUGGCCCUCGCAAUCUCCAAAGCUGGAGGGCUGGGCUUCAUCGGACCCGGCGCGCAGCCCGAAGACACGGCCAAAGAUUUGAUGACAGUCAAGGAGCUGUUGAAGAAUGCGCCCCCCAACACAUUGCCACAGUCGUUUCCACCUCAGGAUGUCCUCCCUGUUGGUGUCGGGUUCCAGCUUUGGAAUGGCGACCUUGAUUCUGCGGUUCAGGCUGUUCAGCAGCAUCGGCCCUGUGUGGCUUGGCUGUUUGCUCCUCGCCGGGGUCAGGAGGAGUUGGAUGAGUGGGCGACUCGUUUGCGCGAGGCUUCUCCCGGGAUUCAGAUCUGGACUCAGAUUGGCACCGUCAAGGAGAGCAUUGAAGCCGCCAACAGUGAUAAUCGCCCGGAUGUUCUGGUAAUCCAAGGAGCAGAGGCGGGUGGCCACGGCAGAGUAACAGACGGCUUAGGAAUCAUGGCGCUAUUUCCCGAGAUUGCAGACAACGUCAAGGACUCGGGCAUCACGCUGAUCGUGGCUGGAGGCAUCGCCGACGGCCGGGGAGUCGCUGCAGCCCUCGCUCUAGGAGCAGCGGGCGCAGCAAUGGGGACACGCUUCCUGGCAGCCACCGAAGCCCGUAUCAACAAGGGCUACCAGCGAGAAAUCGUGCGGGCUUCCGACGGAGCACAGUGCACCACCCGGACGAUGCUGUACAACCACCUCCGCGGCACCAUGGGCUGGCCAGAGCAGUACAGCCCCCGCGGGAUCGUCAAUCAGAGUUGGCACGACCAGCAGGCGGGCGUUGCCUUUGAGGAGCUGAAACUCCGCCACGACGAGGCUGCCAAGGCCGGCGAGAAGGGUUGGGGCCCCGACGGGAGGUUGGCGACUUAUGCAGGCACCGCGGUCGGUCUCGUGCAUGAGGUUGAAGACGCCGGGGUCCUCGUUCAGCGGAUACAGUGUGAGACUAGAGAUAUUGUGAGAAGGGUUGCAGAGGGAGUUGUGUGA